AUGGCCGUGACCACCUUUUUCUCCGUGAUCACCAUGUCCGCUGAGCAUCUUCUCUUGCCAAGCACCUUGAGUUGGAGUAAGUCUUACGCGGAUAUGUCCCUUCGCGGAGCGAAGAAUAUGAGGCGGACGCUCAAGGAGACAUGUCUCAGACUGCUCGCAGAGCGCAAGAAAGCGAUCGAGCCGAUCCUCGAGCUUAAGUCCAAAGUUUAG